AUGAGUGAUGAUGAUGAUAAGAUAUAUAUAUAUUCUGAUUUGUUCUCAAAAAAUUAUAGUGAUGAUGAGAAAGAUGAUUCAUAUGAAAGAGAAAAACAAGUGUAUAGUGCAAGUGAAACAAAAAACGCGGAAAACGAAUAUUCUAAACUCCGAGCACAAAAUUCUACUAUAUUAAAUAAUUAUUUUGAUAAUGAUAAUAUAAAAAAUGUCGAAAAUGUUAAAUCUAAUGAUCCUGAUCAAGUUGAUCCCAUAUUAUUUCCUGUAAAUAAAAAUUAUUAUCUGAAUUUAUUUGAUGGACAAUUAAUUGAAAAUAGACAUUCCAUAAAACUAAGAAAAGCUGGCUUUUAUGCUAUCUAUGUGGAAAACAAUAACAAUAGUAAAUGGGAUGGUAUCUAUUUUGGCUUGUCCAGAAUGCAGGUGGAGUUAGAUUACAAACUUAUAACAAAAAAGAAUAAGGAUGGUGGGGAAUAUGAAAAGAGAAACCCUUCAAGUUAUGAUAAUACAGAGAGUGUACUAAACACUGUAGGUAGUGAACAAGAAGAAACUGAAAAUAAGAAUGAAGAAACAAGUACAUAUAAUUCGAAUUUAAAUAAUGAAAUAAAUAAAAUAUGUAAAUAUAAUUUAGAUCAAACUGAUAUAUUACUAGAUGAAAAUAAUUCUGAGAGAAGAAGAAGUAGUAAUUUUAAAAUUAAAAAUACUAAUUAUUAUGAUAAUUUAAUGUUGCAAAAUAAAUAUACAAAUUCUAAAAUAUAUGAUGAUGAUGAUGAUAAAAAUAAUACUGAAACGUAUACAUGUACGUUCAAAACAGAAGAUCAAAUAAGAGUUACAGGCCAAAAAAAAAAGUACAUAUAUUUAUAUAACAAAUAUGAUAAUGCAACAUUAGAUUUAAAUGUGCAUACAUAUAUGUCUUUAGGCAUGAGUAUUUUAUGUAAAUAUUCGUUGCUUUAUUGUGGAAAGUAUAAUCAUAUACCCAGGGACCCCUACACACCCUUUAAAAAACCAGUUUCCAUUUUAUCGCUGGAUGGAGGGGGAAUAUUGACCAUAUCAACAUUACUUGUUUUAAACAGAUUAGAAACGGAGCUACGAAAAGAAAUAGGAAGUGAAGACAUAAAAUUAACAGAUUGUUUUGAUAUGGUAUGUGGUACCAGUGCAGGUGGUUUAAUAAGCCUAGCUUUAUUAAGAGAGAUUGAUUUACAGGAUAUUAGUAAUAUGUGGCCAAGUACUAUAAAGAAGGUUUUUGAAGGAAAUCGAAAUAUAAUAAGUGGUAUAUUUUUUGAAGGAUAUGAUGUGAAUAAUGUAAAGGAUGUAUUUUUAGAACGCAUGGGAAAUAAAUUUAUGUCUUCCUAUAAAAAAUUUUAUUGUUUUGUAACAGCAACUGAUGUAAAACAUAAGCCAUAUAAAUUAUUUUUACUUAGAAAUUAUACGCAUAAAUAUAAUUCGAUUAAUGCAGAAUCAUAUGAUGGUAUAAAUAAAGUUCCUUUAUGGCUAGCUGCAUGGGCAACUGCUUCUGCACCAACAUAUUUAAAAGGGCCAAGUGGAGAAGAUAUAAAAAAGUUGGGAAUUAAUAUAAAACCAGAAAUACAUUUAGUAGAUGGUGCAUUAAAAGCAAGUAAUCCUGCUUUGAUUGCUUUAGAAGAAUGUGCAAGAUUAAAUAAUAAAAAUUUAUCUACAUUUAUUAAAGAGGAUUUAGAUACAUUAGUAUCAAUAGGUACUGGUCAGGUACCUACAAAAUUAACUCAAUCAGGUACUAGUAGCAAAUCAGCAUCAACCUUUGAAAUAUUAAUUAAUUCAACUCACUUAUUAACAAGAGCAAAUGAUACUCAUAGGGAAGUAUUACAACGUUUAGCUGACAGAGAAAAUACAUAUUUUAGAUUUAAUGUGCCACAUAUAGGUGAUAUAGAAAUAGAUAGUCAAGAUGUUCGAGAUUUUGAUUUAAUUUCAAAGGCAACUCAAGAUUAUUUAUUUGACGAAAAAUUUUAUGAAAUUAAAAGGUUAGCUCAUAAGUUAGCAAAUAAUUACAUACGUUCAAAAUAUCUAUAA